AUGGCCGCCCCCCGCCCGGCGCACGGCUGCGGCAGCGGCGCGCUGCUGGGGCGCUUCGGCGUGUUGCUGCAGGCGCUGCUGGCUCUCUGCGCCUUCAGCACCCUCAUGCUAAAACGAUUUAAGGAACCAAAGGAAGAGAGGCGUCCCUGGAGGAUAUGGUUUUAUGAUACCUCCAAGCAAGCAAUAGGUGCCCUCUUCAUCCACUUUGCCAAUGUUUUUCUGUCAGAUCUCACUGAAGAGGACCCUUGCUCUCUCUACCUUAUUAAUUUCAUCCUUGAUGCCACGCUGGGGAUGCUGCUGAUCUGGCUUGGCGUGAAAGUUGUCUCCUGGAUCGUGCAGCAUAAGAAGUACUCGUACCUGGUCUUCGGAGAAUAUGGUGACCCUCCGCAAGCUGCUGCCUGGCUUGGCCAGUGUAUCCUCUACUUGCUGAUAAUGGUUUUUGAGAAGACUGUGAUUAGCCUUGUCCUUCUUAUCCCUGGUUGGACAAAGCUUCAGCAGAUCCUCCUGGGUUACAUCCCAAACCCCCAGCUGGAGCUUGUCCUGGUCAUGUUUGUUGUGCCUUUCAUAGUCAAUGCCAUUAUGUUCUGGGUUGUGGACAGCUUGAUCAUGAGGAAAUACAAGCAGAAGGACACCCUGGACAUCAAUGGAUCCAUAGAAACUCCUCAGGCUGGAAGGACUGAGGAAUCUCAGGCGUUACUCUCUCCAGACAUGGAUUUUGAUCAGUCUGAAAGCGACCAGGAUAUUUCAGGACUCCAGGGAACGAACCAGAAGAUGAAGCAGACCAGCUAUCAAGUGGUCAUCUGAUAACACCGAGACAAGGGAGGUGGAGGAAGAAUUAGCACUGUGAUCCUUGAGCUGGCUGAGGAAGGGCAGGGUAGGGAAUGUUAGUUGAUCCCUGUGGAUCUGCAGAGAUGCUUUUGCCUGCCUCAGCUAGACCUGUCCUUCUGCAGUUGUCUCUUUGGGGUGGUAUCUGUGCAUCCUGUACAGGUUUGAGCAGUAUCUGCUUUACCUGUCUGACCCUAACCUGUACACAUGCAGGCACGUUGAGGUUAGGGGUAUGGAUAUGUACUUCCCCUGGCUGGCCAGUUGGGUGUAACUUGUCAGGGCUAGACUGAAAUCAAAAGAUUGUCUGCUUUUUUUUUUUUUAAAUAGAAAAGAAAAAAAGAAUCUAUCCUAUGCUACCUGAACUGUGACACUUUUAUAUGCACAAUACUCAAAAGAAUUGAUUUGCAAUAUGUAUUUAAAUGUCUUGAAUUGGGAAGAUUGUCUCAGUGGAUCUGAUGCUUUUUACUGUUUUAUAAGGAAUGCAAUAAAUAUUUGACCUAAAACUG